AUGUUCACUUGGCGAGAUGGAUUGCUGUCGGUUGAAUUUGUAUUAACCAUCUUUUUGAGUUUGACAUGCUUCAGUGGGUUCAUAUACAGUGGGAUACUUAUCCCACAAACUCCUCUUAACUGCUUCAUUGUCACCUUACUCAGUGUGUUAAAUGGACUGUAUGUGGCCUUCUUUGAAUACUAUGCCAGAUGUAGUGAUCGUAAGCAGGUCAGGUCACUUCGAGAGAAAAAUUCCAACUUGAAUGGGAAAAGACGUAGAUUAAAUGAAUGUAAAAUGCACACAGAAGAAGAGAAUCAAAAACUGCGUCAAAGAGUUGUCAACUUAGAGCGCGAUGCAAGAACAGCGUCAAUGACGUCGCAGCUUAACAGCUCUGAUGAUCAGUCAUUUGCACUAGAAAGAGCCGCAUCAUACUGGGAGAAAAAAUGCAAGGAAGCAGAGAUCAAUGUGUCAAUUCUGGAAGCAGAUGUUUCAAAGUACGAACAGGAUUACAAGGAUCUUUCAGAAGAGAAGUUAGAAUUAGAGUCCGAAAAACACAGAUUUGAAGACCAUGCUUUUCUGAUUCAGGAGAGAGAAUGUGGGCGUUUUGAUGAGAUGAAUGUUCUCAGGAAAAAAGUUAUUGAGCUACAAGAUGAGAUUGAGUUGUGGGAAGACAAGUACUAUGGCAGAGAAAAAGAAGUGAGUACUGUUAUAGAAAUGUUGCGAGAGAAACAAGUUCCCCGGGAUAGUGGAGUUGGCAAUGAUCUUGAAGUCAGUUCCCCUAAAUCAAGAUGUAUCAUCGUCGAAGAUGGCCUUUUGGAAGACACUGCUGUUGAUGUGAUAGAUCAGAUGGAGCAGCUCGUAAAAGAAUCUGGCGAGCGUGGUGAAAGAAUACGUACCCUGGAAACCGAGAAAGUAGUAUAUAAGGGAAAGGUUGCAAGUUUACUGACAUCCACACAGGCAGAGUUAAAAAAGUAUCAUCAGAUGUAUCAAAGUGCAUUACAAGACGUGAAGCUGAAGGACAGUAACCUCCAGGAAGCCAGAAAACUGCAAAGUCAGUUACUGCAAGAGAACAAUCAGCUUAAACACAUGAUCACUGAGAUAAGGAUAAAAAUAACGGAGGAAUCGGUGAGGAUCAAGAACGAAUCUGAUGCUCAACAGGAGCUAAUCUCCACCUUGCAGAAAGAAGUGGAUGUCUUUGGGAAAUACAAAUCAAAGGCGGACAAGACAAAGGCAUCACUGGUGCAAAAGCUUGACGAUUUGACGCAAAUGAACUGUAAGCUGAAAGAGGAGAAUAGCAAAUUAAGUGCAGAUUGUGAAGAGAUUGAGAUAAUGCGGCAGAAGAUUAAGAAGUUAGAGUCACUUCAGACUUUUAAGUUGUAUGUCAGUACUGAGACAGACGAGUAG